GGGAAGGUUUGACCCAGUGACGCUGCGCCCCAUAUUUGGUGUCAAUACAGGAAGAAGUUGUACACACAGCGACUCGGCCGGGCCGGACCAAACUAAGGAUUGUAUAUGAAAGCUAAUACGGAUGGCUUGCAGUGACACAGAGAAGUCCAGCCUUGGUGCUGCUUGCUGUGAUAGCGACUACUCCAGUUGCGCCGCAGCUAUGCAGAAAGAGAGCGAGAGAGAGAGGGAGUCAUAUCUCAGCCCAACUGAGAACCCCUCGACCAUCAGUAUCCCACCGGACCAACAAGGUUAUGAUGUAGAGUUUGACCCUCCGCUAGAAAGCAAGUAUGAAUGUCCGAUCUGUCUGAUGGGUCUCAGGUCGGCAGUACAGACACCGUGUGGACAUCGAUUCUGCCAGUCGUGCAUCACAAAGUCCAUCAGAGACACUGGGCAAAAAUGUCCAGUUGACAAUGAGGUGCUGCUAGAAGAACAGCUUUUUCCUGAUAACUUUGCCAAGCGAGAGAUCCUCUCACUGACAGUCCGCUGCCCUAAUGUAGGUUGCGAUGAUAAAAUGGAGUUGAGGCAAUUGGAAAAACAUUUAUCUCUGUGUAAAUUUGCCACAGAGCAGUGCACUCAGUGUCACGAGUCUGUUCGUAUAAUCUAUCUGGAUGAGCAUAAGACCCAGCAGUGCUUAAAGCGCUUCAUGACCUGUCCUGACUGUGCCGGGAGUUUUGUGUAUGCUGACAGACAGAUUCAUGAACAGAUGUGUCCUUUUGCUAGUACAGUGUGCAACUAUUGUGGAAUGGAGCUUAUUCGAGAUCAGUUGGCAGUGCAUUGUGACACAGACUGUCUAAAAGCUCCUGUAGCCUGUUCCUUCAGCACCUUUGGUUGUCGUGAAAAGAUGGCAAGAAAUUAUCUGGCCCAGCACAUGCAGGAAUUUACACAGAUGCACAUGCGUUACAUGGCCGAGUUUUUGCGCACCCAGACACUCAAUAGCUCCCUUACGCCGCCGGUUAUCAGCCACUUCCCGAUGGAUGAACGUAACGCCUCCUCACGGGUGCCAGAGCCUUGCCAGUGCAGCCAGGAGUUGGUGAUCUUGCGUGAGACAGUCUUGGAGUUAGAGGGCCGAUUGGUUCGUCAAGACCAACAGAUCCGAGAGCUAUGCAUUCACAACGAGACGCAGAAAACCCAACUCACUGAGGUCCGUCUUAAGCUUUGCUCAUUAGAAGAGGCCACACGAGAGCUGGAGGCUCAGCAGUACCAAGGCGUCUACGUGUGGCGCCUGGAAAACUUCUCUGCCCAUCUGCAAAACCAGGAGGCUGGCCAGUCUGUGGUCCUUCAUAGCCCACCUUUCUACACGGGUCGGCCAGGGUACAAACUUUGCCUUCGGCUGCACUUGCAAACCCCCAACGCUCCCCGCUGUUCCAACUACAUCUCGCUUUUUUUGCACACUAUGCAGGGGCAGUUUGACAGCCAGCUCUCCUGGCCUUUACAGGGCUCAAUUCGGCUGGCAGUGCUGGAUCAAGUCGAGGGCCAGCACCAUGUGGAAGUAAUGGAGACCAAGCCAGACCUGCAGGCCUUCCAACGGCCCACUGUACAGCGCAACCCCAAAGGUUUUGGGUACGUCACUUUUCUUCAUCUACAGGCUUUGCGGCAGCGUGGCUUUGUGAAAGAGGACGUGCUGCUUGUGCGAUGUGAGGUCACACCACAAUCCGAUGCCAGCCUCAGGCGUGAGGGGGUCCAGCCUCGGGGACCAGAACCUUCACCUUGAGUUGUGCUUCUGCAUUCUUAAGUUCUCAUACAUCGCCCAGCAUUUGUAGUUCUCAUAGACAAUCGCAGUCUGCUGAUGUGGCAAAACCUGACUUUCUGUGACUUUAUGAUACAAGAUCGGUAAUGAUGUUUUUACAUUUGUAAUUGUACAUUUUUUAAUGUUAAAUGUUUCUCUAAGGAUUUUGGUGCUGUGAAAUUUGUGGACAAAUCCCAAGAUGAAUAGCAUCACAACAUCAAUCAACCAAGCUAAACGCUGUUAAGACAUGGCUGCUUAUACUAAGUGUUAUGUUUCAAACGUUUUUUCACCUAACCAAAGAGGCAACAGUAGACGCUGUUAUCUGAAUGAGUCUCAACGCACAAAAAAAUACAUUUUUAAUAUUCAUGGUUUUGAUAAGGUCUGGCCAUUUUGCUAAAUCCAGAGUGUCAUGUUAAUUGAACAAGCAUUUAUUACACAUACAUUUUCAAUGAAGGUUGUAACAAGCUUCACAAAAAGAUUCUUAAUUAAUUCACCUAAUUUUCUUUUACCUUUAGAGUUUGUGCCUGACAUAACUUAAAUGUGUAAAGGUUCUACAUUUACUAAUUUGAACAUUUACCGUGUUAACAAAUAGACACAAUUGUUUUUUUGGAGACAGAUGUAUUCAAGUCGAUCUGAUCGCUGUGUUGACACUGGAAAUCUGACAAAAUAAUUUUUUUAUGUUCUUUGUAUCAUCAUCAUCCACAAUACAGUGCUAAUAAAUGUGUUGAUAUUUUGAGCUCAUAAAUUAUUCUGAAUGAAUUUCAGCCUUAUCUGUUU